AUGCCUCAAAACGAGUAUAUUGAGGAAUCAAUUCGUAAGCAUGGUCGUCGUUUCGAUCAUGAAGAGAGAAGUCGUAAAAAAUCAGCUCGUGAAGCUCACGAUGCAAGCCUUUAUUCCCAAAAGGUUCGUGGUUUGAAGGCCAAGCUACACCAAAAUAAGAGACGUAAAGAAAAGAUUCAAAUGAAGAAGACUAUGAAGGAGCAUGAAGAGCGUAAUACCACUCAACGCGGUUCUGAAGCUCCUGCACCCGGUGCUGUUCCUACCUAUUUGCUUGAUCGUGAACAGGAAUCGCAAGCGAAGAUGCUCUCUAGUGCCGUUAAGCAAAAGCGUAAGGAAAAGGCUGCCAAAUAUUCUGUUCCUUUGCCCCAGGUCCGUGGUGUUCCUGAGGACGAAAUGUUCAAGGUGAUUAAGACCGGUAAAAGUAAGGAUAAGUCGUGGAAGCGUAUGAUUACGAAAGCUACUUUUGUUGGUGAUGGCUUCACCCGUCGUCCCGUUAAAUAUGAGCGUUUCAUUCGUCCUAUGGCUCUUCGUCAAAAGAAAGCCAAUGUUACGCAUAAGGAACUCGGUGUCACAAUGCAAUUACCCAUUAUUGGUGUGAAGAAGAACCCCCAAAACCCUACAUACACCCAGUUGGGUGUUCUCACCAAGGGUACCAUCAUGGAGGUCAAUGUUAGUGAACUCGGAUUGGUAACUUCUGGUGGUAAAGUUGUUUGGGGUAAAUAUGCACAAAUUACCAACAAUCCUGAAAUGGAUGGUUGUGUAAAUGCUCUUCUUUUAACUUAA